UUCUCUAUCAGUUUGCAGACAAGUGACUUUGUACCCACUUCAUUUGGAUCUGCAGUACCUACAGCACCUACACACGGUCAGACUCAAAGUCGAAGUCAGUCUUCAUCUCAAGUAGACACUUCACCAUCUAAAGAGAAAGUCAUCAUCACAUCAACCACGCCCACGGUAUUACAAGUCACGUCUACGCCUCCUCGUUCAGAAAAGGCUCGAUCUACUGGCACUUCUCCGGCUUCAUCGAAGGUAGGAACUAAAUGAAAGAAAGAUGAGACGGGGCCGACAUUGAAGAAGCCAAGAAAGGAGCAAACAGGUGCAGUAUCUGUGCCAGUUGUGUCAACAGGUGCAAACGUUUCUUCAGGAAGAGACGAUGCUCUCUCACUGUCUGUUGCGCCAUCACCAGUCAUUACUCUUCCACAGCCAGAUGCACAAGCACAGAGGACGUUGCAGGUUGUUCACGCUGUUGGGAAAGAUGAACUCAAUGUCACUCUUGAAAUCUCAAACUCAUCUAUUCCUGGACGAGCCCACAAAGUGUUGUGUCGACAUGGCAGUGAAGUACGGUGGGAAACAUGCCUGAACAGCAAGGGAAUUGCAAUAGCUGGCAGCAGAAACAUUGCUGCUUUUGCGUGUGAAAAUCGAACUGUUCACGUCUUCUCUUGUUGCGGCCGAAGGUUAUUACCCGGUCUCGUGCUGUCGUCACCCGUCUCUGUAUUGCAAUGCAACAAAAUGUAUCUCAUGGUCAUAACGACAGUCGGCAAUGUGUUUGUCUGGGACAUGAAGUGUUUUGAAGUUGUGGUGAGACAGCAGUCUCUGUUGCCGCUGAUUAGAUGGGUGAAAGUCAGUAUUACAAAGAUUCAGUUGACAGGUGAUGGUCUUCUCAUCAUUUCAUUGUCUACACAGUGCAGCUACACGUUUAAUACGAAACUUGGAGUUUGGAUGUUAAUUGAUGACCGGAACGAUAUGAUCCAGCUGUCAGCUAAUCUACAAACACAGAAUCCUCACGGCAUCCAAGGCUUAUUAGCUUCACUGCAAGGAAAUCAUGUCGGCAGAAGUGCAGUCGGUCACUUGCCAAGACUUUAUGCAAGGGAUGCCAGUCAGCAGCGAUUGGCAACCGUUGCAUAUCUUGAGAACCAGGUGGCAGCCGCGCUGGCAUGUCAAUCACCUGACGAGUAUCAUCACUGGCUUCUCUCUUACGUAAAAUGUCUCACAAGUCAAGGCCUAGAGUCACAACUACGAGAAUUGUGUUUGGAGCUGAUUGGACCUCCAGGGCAGUCUGCUAGGAGGUUGAUGUCGUUGCCAGGGUGGGAGCCUCUUGUACUGGGUUUGAGUAAACGCAGUCUGGUGAAUGAGAUGCUACCAGUCGUGGCUGCCAACAACAAUCUGCACAGACUAGUGAGUGAGAUGCAAGAGCUCUUAAAUUAGAUCUAUGAAAUACUCGGACACACAAUGCCACGAAAUAUGUACGUACAUAAUUAAUUAAUACCACUACAAACCGUUUCUCUUAAACUAGAUGUUUCCUUGAGUGAAAUCAAUAUAUUGAUAUCAAUGUU